GACUGUGCAACCCUACGAUCAGGCAUACGGUGACCUUCACGUAUUUGGCUUAGAAAAUGCGCUUACUAAUGAGAAAACAAGGCGAAACAAGACAAGUAUCGAUUCCUCCUCCGAUAUCGGGGAUUGAGGUGUACAGGUUUUGUACACAGGAAGCGCGCUGCGGUCAGCGGGGCGCUCGGCGAUCCCGGUGCCGACGCGCGUCUCCGCUUCCCGAACCUGGCGUCUACUAGCAGCGUCAGCCCUUUUGGGAACCAAAGAUACAGCGAUGACCUCGUUUCAUGCCAGAGUAUUUAUACAGGACCGAUACGAUCGUCAGCUAUUGCCAGAAGUCGCAGCAUCCUGGGUGGUAUGCUAUUACCUUAACUGUGGUAUGGGUUGUGUAAAGUGAAUAAUAAUGAACCGCCCUUACAGAAAACCAGGCGUCGUGGUGAGCAGGUGAGCCCCCUCAUCGCCCUUCCCUGGUUUCCGCAGCAGGAUUAAGGGAUGUCACAGGUGCCCCUCCUCCUGACAGCGCUCUCACUCUCCGCCAGCAUCCAGAUGUCCUACGGUAAAAUCAUGAAGACUCUUCUGGAGCAGUGGAAGAUGUACAAAGAGGAGUGUCUACGUAACAUCACCAGCGAGCCACUGGCCUCUGGCGUGGUCUGCAACCACACCUUCGACAGGUACGCCUGCUGGCCGGACGCACUGCCCAACACCACCAUCGGCGUCCCCUGUCCUUGGUACCUGCCGUGGCAUCACAAAGUCCAGCACGGCUUCGUGUACCGGGAGUGUGACUCUGAAGGCCGGUGGAUCUCCAUGAAAAAUGCCAGCGAGUGUCAGCUGGACGACUCGGAGCAGCUGUAUGGCAGGACCCUCAGCCGCUUCCUGGCCAUGUACACCGUCGGCUACUCGCUGUCGCUUGGGGCUCUGGUUCUGGCCCUCGGCAUCCUGGUGACAUUCCGGAAGCUCCACUGUACGCGUAACAACAUCCACAUGAACCUGUUCGCCUCAUUCAUCCUCAAGGGCGUCUUGAUCCUCCUGAAGGACGUGCUGAUCGACACAGCCACCCCCCACAUCAUCCCCGAUGACAUCCACUCCGACUCCCAGGUGGAGCGGCUGGUCGGGGGCAAGAUGGCCGUGGCCUGCCGGGUUGCCUUCGUUAUGAUGCAUUAUAGCAUCAUUGCGAACAACUACUGGCUACUAGUGGAAGGAAUUUACCUCUACAACCUGCUGGUCGUUACUGUUUUCACAGAGAGGAACUACUUCAAUAUCUACCUGUGCAUCGGCUGGGGUGCACCGCUGAUCUUCAUACUGCCCUGGGCUACGGCGAAGUACCUGUACGAGAAUGAGGAGUGCUGGCAGAGGAACGACAGCAUGGCCUACUGGUGGAUCAUACGCUCCCCAAUUCUGCUCGCUAUCCUGAUCAACUUCUUCAUCUUCGUCCAGAUUAUCAAGAUCCUGAUGUCUAAAUUGAGAGCACACCAGAUGCGAUAUACGGACUACAAGUUCCGUCUGGCCAAGUCCACUCUCACCCUUAUCCCUUUGUUAGGGAUCCACUGGAUCCUGUCCGCCUUUGUCAUGGAGGAGCAGGUGACGAAUGGCCCGUUGCGUCUCGCCAAGCUGUUCUACGACCUGUUUUUCGACUCCUUCCAGGGUCUGCUAGUGGCUAUCUUGUACUGCUUUGUCAACAAAGAGGUACAAUCUGAGAUGAUGAAGAAGUGGAAGCGGCGGAGGUUGGGGAAGAACAUCGAGGAGGAGUACCGCCAUACUCACAGUCAGCUGCCCCAUAUGAAGGGCAGCAUCGGGGGCCACCCACCAUGCCCCCCCAAGCCUCCUGACCCGAGCAAGCCCCCUAGCGGCCAGGAGGAGAAUCGACAGCUGGUGGGCAGUCACCCGAAUGGCGUGGGCAAAACCCCGACAUGUCUGCCGUUCCCUCUCUCGUCACAAGAUGGCAGCAGUCAUAGUACACUGAUAGAGAACAUCAACCUGGAAGACAGGGUACAGUGUUAUGUGCCCCACCACAACAGCGUGGAGAGCAAUUUUUGAGCUGGAGAGCCUGUCCCUCCACCCAUUUUUGCUCCAGUACCCUUCAAGACAGCUUAUGGACAGAGAUGUAUCUCUGGUGAGCAGAGUUGGAACGUGGAGAUGCUGGGUCCAGCCCAGCAGUGGUUGCUGGACUUUACGUGGCCCGAAAGACACACAAAACUCUUCCUGAGUCUCAACCGGAUACCGGGAAUUCUUGGAGAGAUUGCCCAGUGGGCUUAUUUAUGUGCUUUUAUGAAAUAGCAUCUUGUUGUAAGAUCUUAAAAGUGUGCCUAAAACGUGCACCUAGAACAUUCGCCUAAAAGCAAGAAACUGAAAAUGAAAAAUUAGUGUAACGUAAGUUACAAAAACCUAGAAACCUCAAGGUAAUGAACAGGGUCUUGGGUUUAACCUUUUCAGUAGUUAUUCGUCCAAUAGUUAUUUGGUACUUGGGUCUUAAGACUCUCUGUCUCUCUCACAUUCACAGCGACACACAUGUAUCAUGUACAUGCACAAAUGUUAAAGUCUGAAUAAGAUGUACAGUCUAAAAAUUCAUCCAUAAACAAUGAUUCCUGAAAUAAUCUGUACGUGUGAUAUUAAGGGGAAUCACAGCAGCCAUGCGAAGGGUCCAUCCCUGACCCUGCAAUUCUGAACCAGUGAAACAAUUUCUGGGGACGUUUGCGGAAUGUUGUGCUUGUGUAUAUUAUAGCUGCGUUCUAGAGUGGAACUCUGUCCGGGGAUUCUAUGACAGGAAUCUAGAAAUUUUAGGUGAAAAGGACAUUACAUACAACUGAAGUCUUCAAUGACAUACCUUUCAGAGGUGUGGACAUUGGUUGUCAUUUGUACAGAAACGUGCAAAUGUGAUAUGGCAUUUUUUUGCUGUUGUUGUUAUAAUUAUAGUAGGGGUAGUGGUGUUGUGAGUAGCUGUUGUAUUAUGUAAGUAUAGAUGUUGUGUGGGAGGCCCCAAAACAAUGUGAAAUGCAGUGAGUAUAGAAAAGCUGAUUAAAACAGGAGAGUGGUACCCUUAUGUUCUGCAGGGACAUUAUCUCUCCGGGUACUUGUAUAUCUGCAUAAUCUCUCACACACUUAAAUUCACACAUUGAUGCAUACAUACAGAAUCCAUGCGAAUGUCCACCUUAAAGUUUAUACAGUGUCUUGCAGUCAAGCCCUAUGAACAUAGGAAAUGCUUCUUGCAUAUCAUACAUUCUUACAUUCUUAAAAUAAUAUCAAGGUCCAUUGUGUCACCGAGCACAGGAAUAAACCUCUUAAGGUGGAAAUGGGAAGGAAGUUCUGUGGUGUGGAGGUCAUGUGAUAAGCUGUGAGGGUGGGAUUGGCUGUAAGUUCCCACUUUCAAUACAGCAGAUAUGAACUUACAUAAUUGAGUACAGAAUGUUCAGAGUCAAAAAGUCACUGUCCUAGAGUCAUGUGGUUGUCAUGUGAUAUAAAACACACACACACACAUACUGUACACAUAUUCAUAUCUUUAUGGGGACUCUCCACUCUUCAGUUCUUUCUGAAAAAUGAAUUCAUUUAUGUUGGGGAUGCAAAUGAUAGACAGUGACACACACACACACACACACACUCUUCACAGCAUGCUUAUACUGUAUAUAUCUUAAGUCUUCACACGCCACUUAACUGGAUCCAGUGAUCUAUGACCAACUAUACGGCAGCUGAGCUCCUGUAAUAAUACUUGCAGACUCUGCCUCGCUUUCAGUGCAUUAUCUUUACCUGUAUCUUAGUACAUGUUCAGCCAAGAAUAGACAAGGACAGAUAUCUCUAUCUCUGCCUCAGAGCUGCUGAGCACCUGCUCUCUGGUCCUGGACAGCUAAAUGCAAAUACUCUGGGAUGAAUCCCAGCACUCAUUCUCUAAGACCAGCAUCACUUUCUCUAGUUCUAGGAAAUCCCCCACCUCAAUGCUGUUCUUAGUGAAGCCUCUUAAUUAAGGUAGGACCGAGUUACCACACAAUAUUGAUUGACAUGCCUUAUCUACGAAUGCCUAUUACCAAUUCCCAUACUGAUAUUCUAUAUCUACGAUCUCUGACUUCAUUUGACUCAUCUGUGCCCUAUAAAUAACACAAAACAAGCUAGAAUUCUGUGAAACUUUGAUACGAGUGAGUCGAUAACAGAAAAGCACAAGCGAAGGAAAGAGGAUUGUUAUUGUUGCCGUACGUUUUUAUACUCGAGAGUUUUAGUGUUUAAAGUUUGUGUUUUUUUGUGGCAGCUGAUAUGUCAUUGGCUUGAGGUGCUUCGGGGGGGUGGGGGGGGGGGGGAUCAUGUCAGCCGAUGAUGGGCAGGUAGUGAAUCUCCUUACGGGACAUGAAGGGGGGCACUGUAAGGGGAGGUGUGAGAAUGGUGAGGUAUGAGUCAUAUUAAUGGCCGGGCAUUUAGAUGGAGUAUAAAUAAUCCCUCCCUCAGUCAUCCAUCAUUAGCAUCAUUACAUAGACAUCAAAAACACCAAGACUACUCAGAAGUCCAGCUGGAGCGCAAAAGAAGUCUAAUUCCUUGAAAUCUUUGCUGGAAAACAAACCGUACACAAAGCAAGUUCCCAGCGCCUUGUUUCUGCGGCAUGGCUCUAGAUCUUAAUCAAGGGCCAUCAAGACGCAAGAACUGGUCAGAGGAGAAAGUACACUUCAUUUUCAUGCAAAUGCAUUUGAGUAUUAUGGAUUGAUAGUUCACCCAUUAACGGCGAUAAUGAUCGUUUUUAUAUCAAGCAAUGGCGGCCGUUCCCCAUGGCAACAGAAGGCCAUUGAAUCAUCAGAGCUAAAAUAGUCCGAUGUGUUGUGUCACUGUUAGUCAAAGAGUUUAGUUUCAGACACCAUUCAGGGAUGGAGGACAUGAAAUCAGCAAAGCAGAGCUUUAACCGAAGGUAUCUGCGGGUUUUUUUUUUUAAGUUUCCUUUUCCGAUGGCAUGAAUUUAGACCCGACUUUAGUAGCAGGUUUCAAAGCGAUUAAGAAUAAUUAAGUAACUGCUUCAAAGCAAUUAAGAGUUCAGUUGAAAACCCGUAAACUUUGCCGGUUUCAGUGGAAAAGCAAUUCUUGCUUUAGAGGGACCUAAUCAGUGCGAUCUAGCAUCCAGUGACAAUCUGUUUUACGCACACCGGUGAGUCAUCCUGUUGUUCUGUUGGCUGCCGGCCCCCCAGCACUGCUGAAUGCUACAAGCGGCCGCACCUUCCCCUCUGGACGAGCUUAAGACUGUCUGAAGGUACAAACCUGUCCAUCAAGCAUCUAUAUAUUCGUGGUCUUUCUUCUCCUGGGGCUUUACCCGUGUGCUGAUGUGAACUUCGUGGCAUGCGCCGUGAGGCAGCUCUGGGCCUCCUGUAUGUAAAUAAAUAUGUUCAUUUGUGUUGUUUUUCUAUGGGUAUUAUUUCAUGACGAUAAAAAAACCAAUAAAGCCGCAGGUUGAACAAACGGA